AUGGCGACGGCGGAAAAUGGUGAAAGCGGUCUUCCAGCCGAGAUGCCGGUAACACGCAGCCGGGCGAGGAUGGUCGUGGUGAUCAGUUGCCUCUUUCUGUCCCUAUUUACUGCAGCGCUUGACUUCACUAUCACAAGUCCGGCUAUUCCCACCAUCGUCGCAGAUUUCAAAUCAGGAUCAGGGUACACAUGGAUCGGUUCAGCCUAUCUAUUGGCAAAUGCGACGUCAAGUCCAGUAUGGGGAAAGCUCAGCGAUAUCUGGGGACGAAAAGCGAUGCUUCUCACUGCGGUAGCUGUCUUUUUCAUCGGUUCCCUGCUUUGUGCGCUGUCCACCAAGAUAGCGAUGUUCCUCAGCGGUCGGGCGAUCCAAGGGAGCGGGUCAGGAGGAGUUGUGAUCCUCGUUAAUAUCUGCAUCACAGAUUUAUUCGAUAUAAGAACAAAGGCGCAGGGGCAUGUAUUUGGGACUGACAAGCGUGGUAUGGGCAUUAGCCAGUGGUAUUGGUCCGGUUCUGGGGGAGUCUUCACCCAACUCGUCUCAUGGCGAUGGAACUGGUGGAUUAAUCUGCCCUGCUGCGCGCUGGCAUUUGUUCUUUUGAUCUGGCUUCUCAAUGUCGACGCUGGAGCGAACCGCUUGUCCUUCUGGUUAGGCCUGAAGAGGAUUGACUGGCUAGGUAUAAUCACCAUUCUAGGGGUCACCUUGAUGCUUCUCUUGGGCUUGAACUUUGGAGGGGUGACCUUUCCUUGGAAGUCACCCACGGUCAUUUGUCUUAUUGUACUUGGGGCUAUUCUGGUGCCCCUAUUUGUGCUCAGUGAAGCGAAAUAUGCAAGACACCCUAUUAUGCCACUGCGGCUCUUCAAGAACCGCUCAAAUGUGGCCGCAUUCUUGGUAUAUAUCUCCGCUUUUUAUUUCCUCCCUCUCUUUUUUCAAGCCGCAAAAGGCACAUCAAUCAUGAUAUCCGGCGUUCUCAUCCUUCCCAUUGCUAUCGUUCAAUGCCUUAUGGGGAUCGCAACUGGAUUCAUUAUAAAACACACCGGCCACUUUUGCGAGCCCAUUUGGGCUGGAAUGGCGAUUCUAACUCUAGGAUUUGGACUCUUUAUCAUGUUCGAUUAUGAAAUGUCUAUAGCUAAGAUUGCCGUCAUUGAGGCUGUAGCUGGACUUGGAGUGGGUAUGAACUUCCAGUCUCCGUUGAUCGCACUCCAGUCCCAUAUUGACCCGGCUGAUUUUGCAACGGCAACUGCAACAUUUGGGUUCAUUCGCAACAUCGCUACUUCCCUUUCGGUCGUCAUAGGAGGAAUGGUAUUUCAGCAUGGUAUGCAGAGUCAUUCUGAGGUUCUUGCAAAUAUACUAGGAAGUGAGACAGCCGCCCAUUUCGAUGGGGCCAGUGCGGAAGCGAACGUGGAUUUGGUGGCGUCACUCCCCGCUAGCCAGCGUGACGCCGUUCGUGGUGCAUAUGUCGCAAGUCUUCGCUCGAUGUGGAUUCUUUAUCUCUGCGUUGCGGCUGUUGGACUCCUAUCCAGCUUCAUGGUCAGCAAGAAGCCGCUCCAUACCGUUGGCUCGACCGAUAGGAAAUCGGAUGCUGAAGCUUCAGAGUCUAUCAUCAACACACAUGAGCUGCGGGAAACAACCCGUAACUAG